AUGGUUUCUUGUUCUCGUUGUGCCAAGAAGCAGUUGCCUUGCAAGCUGUCUUCUUUGAAUCAAAAGUGCGCGAACUGUGUUCGUGCCAAUUGUGCGUUGUGCGAACCGGAGAGUCAACCUUUGCCGGAUUUUUCGAAAAUUGAUAAGGAGAUGUCUCGUCUGGAGAAGAUGGAGGACGAGGAAGAGGCUCGUCUCCGGGUUGAAGAGGAUAUGGCCGAGGCGGCCUUGUUGCGUGCGCGGCAAGCGCGAGAGAAGUUAUCGCGUCUUAGGAAGCAAAAGAAAUUGCUUCGUCGCAGGGAACAGGAGUUGUUUGACCGGGGUCUUUCAACAGCGGAAGAGCUGGAGGCUCUGGAGCAGUUGGAAGAGUUCAACUCUAAGUUGUCGUCGGCUAACGUCGAAGCUCCUUUGGGCGCUGCUGUUGUGGACUGGUCCUUCCUUUGGAACAUUGGUGAUACUGGGCCAAGUGCUGGCGGCAGUUCGUAA